AUGUCGGCCGGGGGAGAACACCUCAAGGAUGAGGGCACACGACGACAAGUCGUCCUAGCAGGCGGCAUAGCCGGCCUCGUAUCACGAUUCUGCGUCGCCCCCCUAGACGUAGUCAAAAUCCGCCUCCAGCUCCAAAUCCACUCGCUCUCCGACCCUCCCUCGCACCACAAUGUAACCGGCCCAAUCUACAAGGGGACGCUCUCCACCAUGCGCGAAAUCAUCCGGCAAGAGGGUAUAACAGGCCUGUGGAAAGGCAACAUCCCCGCGGAACUAAUGUACGUCUGCUACGGGGUGAUCCAAUUCAGCGCAUACCGCACAACGACGCAAGCGCUGGCCCAACUCGAUGCUUAUCGACUGCCCCCCUCCGUCGAAUCGUUCGUCGCGGGCGCCACCGCGGGCGGUCUCGCCACGGCAUCUACAUACCCGCUGGAUUUGCUGAGGACGCGGUUCGCCGCGCAGGGCACGGAGCGGGUGUACACGUCGCUGAUGUCGUCGGUGCGGGAUAUCGCGCGGAAUGAAGGGUACGCAGGGUUCUUUCGCGGGUGUAGUGCGGCUGUGGGGCAGAUUGUGCCGUAUAUGGGGCUGUUCUUUGCGACGUAUGAGGCGUUGAGGCCGCCGUUGGCGCAGUAUCAGGAUUUGCCGUUUGGGUCGAGGGAUGCGGCGGCGGGUGUGAUUGCCAGUGUGUCGUCGAAGACGGUGAUGUUUCCGUUGGAUUUGAUCCGGAAGAGGUUGCAGGUGCAGGGACCGACGAGGCAGUUAUAUAUUCAUCGCAAUAUUCCUGAGUAUCAGGGCGUGUUUAAUACGAUGAGGUUGAUUCUGCGGACACAGGGUAUCCGCGGACUUUAUCGGGGGUUGACGGUCAGCCUGUUCAAGGCUGCCCCUGCCAGUGCGGUGACGAUGUGGACCUAUGAGACUUCUUUGCGACUUCUCCAGGAUAUGGAGGUGGCUACGAGCAAGGAUGAGUGA